CCCUUCUCUCUGCUCGACUCUUUCCCCACGACUUCGACUUCCCCUCUCUCUCUCGAUCUCCUCUCUCUCUGUCCACUAGCCAUGUUCCUUUAGCGUGAGACGGGGAGCUAGGAAUCCACGGCGUCGGAAAAGGCAGCCGCCUGAAGAACCGGUUUCCCCAAGACUUUUGUCCGGCCUGUCCGUCGCGGGAUUGGAUUCUUCGGCCAUGGCUCUCGCCGGCGUACGCCGGCACGCCGGCCAGUUCUUGAGCACCAGCAAUGAGCUCAUGGCGGCGUCGCUCUCGACGGCGAGCUGCGCGAAGGAGAUGCAGAAGGCGGAGGGGGGCGGGUGCCGCGACGACGCGGCGGCGCUGCGGCUCAAGGAGGUGGCCAUGGCGGCGAUACUGGUGGCCGGGGUGCUCGGGGUGGGCCUGCCGCUCGCGGGCCGGAAGCGCCGCGCGAUGCGCACGGACAGCGCCGCGUUCAUGGCGGCCAAGGCGUUCGCGGCCGGGGUCAUCCUCGCCACGGGGUUCGUCCACAUGCUGCACGACGCCCAGCACGCGCUCUCCAGCCCAUGCCUCCCCGCCGUGCCGUGGCGACGGUUCCCGUUCCCCGGGUUCGUCGCCAUGGCCGCCGCGCUCGCCACGCUGGUGCUCGACUUCCUCGCCACCAGGUUCUACGAGACCAAGCACCGCGACGAGGCCGCGCGCGUCAAGGCAGCCGCAGCAGCCGCGCUCGCCGCGGCCUCCUCCGCGUCAGCGAGUGACGAGGACAUCACCGUGGUCACCGUCGUCGAGGACGAGCGCAAGGCCCCGCUCUUGGAAACGCACUGCCACGGACACUCGCACGGACACAGACACAGCCACAGCCAUGGGCACGAGCUGGUACAAGCAGAGGGCCGCGAGGGGGAUGUGUCCGAGCAUGUCCGCUCUGUCGUCGUGUCACAGAUACUGGAGAUGGGGAUAGUGUCUCACUCUGUGAUCAUCGGGUUGUCACUGGGAGUAUCGCGGAGCCCGUGCACAAUCAGGCCACUUGUCGCGGCACUUUCUUUCCACCAGUUCUUCGAGGGUUUUGCAUUAGGCGGGUGCAUUGCUCAGGCACAAUUCAAGAACCUUUCAGCGGUUCUAAUGGCAUCCUUCUUUGCCAUUACAACACCGGCAGGGAUAGCUGCUGGGGCAGGCUUGUCCACAUUUUACAAUCCAAAUAGCCCGAGGGCUCUUGUGAUUGAGGGCAUUCUUGAUUCGGUGUCGGCCGGCAUCCUCAUAUACAUGUCGCUGGUGGAUCUCAUUGCUGCAGACUUCUUGGGUUCAAAGAUGACAGGGUCGCUGCGACAGCAAGUGAUGGCAUACAUCGCACUGUUCCUUGGUGCAAUCUCCAUGUCAUCACUUGCAAUAUGGGCUUGAGACCUGCCUUUGAUCAUCCGGUAAAAGGUGCAGUAACCUCCCGAGGAAAUUCCUGUUGCGUGUGUACAGUUCUAAUGGUACGCUGUAUUUUGUUGUGUCUCGUAGUAGUAGUUUGCUGGGGGCUCAUCAUAGGAUAACAUGCCCUGUUUUUGAGGGGCAUGAAAGAAACACCACCCUAUGUAAAAAGGGGGGCUCUUGUACCCGCACUGCCCCAAUAGUGGCGGUUCCAUAGGUGAGAUGUUGACGGUGGGUUUCUAUUGUACUCGAGUGUGUAACUGCUGUGGUUCUCUGAAACGGCGAGCAAGCAAUGAAAUGUAUGACAGCCGCUGCAUCUGCUGCUGGCUUUGAAUUUGA